GGGAAGUGAGUGACGCAGGUUCCGCCCAGGUGCGAGGCUGUUGCUUAGGAAGUGACGGUUGCUAAGGGCGCAGGGGGAGCGUUGAAGGUUCGGACCGCCGGAAGUGGUUGGAAAAAAGACUUCCGGCUGUCACUAGUCCACUGUUUUGGCGAAAGAUGUCUGCUGAGUUGGAGGGUUACGAGCAGGAUUAUGCGGUGCUCACCGCCGAGAUCACUGGCAGGAUAGGGAAGGUCCCCCGGCUGGUGGGAGAUGAAAAGAAGCUAAUGAUAUUAAAUGUAGAGAAGCAGCUGGAUGAGGCCCGGGAACUGUUGGAGCAGAUGGACCUGGAGGUGCGCGAGAUCCCAGUGCAGAGUCGCUCCAUGUACAGUAACCGCAUGCGCAGCUACAAGCAGGAGAUGAGCAAACUGGACACCGAUUUUAAAAGGUCACGGAUCGCCUACAGUGACGAAGUGCGCAAUGAGCUCCUGGGGGACGAUGGGAAUUCCUCGGAGAGCCAGUUGAUAAAAUUACGUGAAGAGAGGGCACAUCUGUUGGAUAACACCGAGAGGCUGGAAAGGUCAUCGAGGAGGCUACAAGCCGGCUACCAAGUGGCGGUGGAGACGGAACAAAUUGGCCAGGGCAUCCUGGAAAACCUGAGUCAGGACAGAGAGAAGAUCCAAAGAGCAAGAGAAAGGCUGAGAGAGACGGAUACGAAUCUUGGGAAGAGUUCCAGGGUACUAACAGGAAUGUUACGAAGGUAAGACUCAGGAUCAUCCAGAAUCGAGUGUUGGUUGUGAUCCUGGGAAUCUUCAUCGUCUUCACUAUUAUUAUGGCAAUUUAUUUCUCCAUUCGGAGACACUGAUGUAGCCACGCCCCUCUCCCCCUGAUUGGUUCCCUCAGUGCUGUCUUGUCCAAUGAAGACGAAUUAUUGUAUUGUCCAAUCACACGGACUGAGCUCCCACCCGACGGCACCGCAACAGAACCCCCUGUCCCCCUCUCCUGUGUUAUUUUAGGACUUAACCUGUAAUUAACCUGUUUCUCGUUAUUUAAUUAAACUCAGUGUUUUUAGACUCACUGCCCCUUUUUAUAUGGUAAUGCCCCCCUGUACCCACAAUGCCCUUCCAUGGAAACCAUCAUAUGGGUCAGAGACAACUGGACCCUAGUGACCCGACUACAUACGUGAUACUACAUACGUGAUACAUGACUUCAUAUGAUAAAGGACACGGGUUUCAUGGACCAUUGAGGCUCAAGGAGGACAAGGUGAGAAGUUAUUGGGCCUCACUAUGAUAGAGCCUGUGCCAUCAUCAAUAAACCCACGUCUGACACUACAAUGUAUGUUUCCCCCCAUGGAGUUUGUCAUUGGAACGGUCCAACAAUCCAGUGUUAAUUGUGUUUGUGCUGAUUGACAGCUGUCACUUCCAUGGCAACGUCGUUGUGUUUAGGGAAAAACCACUGGAUCCUGCUCACGUUAUUGAUGAUAUGGGAAUAAACACAUUUGUUUUGCCUGAAA